CGGCUACUCAUACGUAGGCUAUAGUAGCGCUAGUUUUCUCCAGAAACGCCGGACCGCCAAACGGAAUGCAAUUGUGCAUCGCUACUGUGAUCACCAUAUUGGUGUUGGUCUCCGCUGUUGUUGGAAGUUCAUUCGUUGGAUCCAGAGUCGGGCAACUGCUGGCAUCCAAGACUCUAAGAAGCUUACGGACAGGUGGUUUUCUGCUCAAGUCUCACCUAAAGCUCGGCAACACUCCUCCCGACACACUGAAUGUCGCCGAAUUAGACUCCAUAGUGAUCGAUUGCGAAGCUGGAGGUAACCCACAGCCCACUAUCUACUGGCUGAAGAACGGACGACGACUGAGCCAGGACGACGAUGCAAGAUGGGAAGAGAAUAAUGGGACGCCAAUGCUAGGAUUGGGCUACACCCACGCACGACUCUUCAUCGACUGCGCGUCUUCCCACUACGACGAAGCCGAAUAUACGUGCGUGGCAGAGAACCUGUAUCAUCGACUCAGCAAAAGUACCAAGCUGACGGUGACAAAGUCCGACGCAUACCGCGUCUGCCUCGUGAAAAAAUCUUUUGUGAAUGCAGGUAGUCCAGCACGGAUAACAAUGUGGACACAUACCCGUCUCGAGUUAGUGGGUAGCACAGUACAGCUCUUCUGCCGUCCCACGGGAACUCCCAAGCCCAACGUCAUAUGGUUCGGCCCAGACGAUAACGAGAUACAGAACGGCCAAAAAUAUAAGAUCCUGGAGAACGGUGACUUGGAGAUCCGCAAUAUCGCCUGGGAUGAUAUGGGAGGCUACAACUGCACGGCCGAGAAUGCGCACGGCUUCGAUAGGACAUCAACCUUUCUUUACCCCACGCUGCCGGCGUAAAGCCAUAUCGACUAUGUAUUGUCACGUGCUUCUGUGGCCUGCAGCAUCAUGUAAAUACAAGUGGACAUCCAAGAAGUUUAACUUCACUGUACGAAAUCGUCACCGCAUGUACGAGACAGACAACACAUCUCGUUGACAAACGCCAAUCGUGCAGCUACAGUUUUCCAGCUCAGCGUUGGUGGACAAUGAACGAUGCCUUAUUUACUUAUUAUUAUUUAUGCCAUAUUUACAUAGACUAAGGCCACGAAUAAAGACAUCCUCGGAGAACUUGGAACAAACGUUCUUGUCAGAGACACAACAGUCAAAUAUCUUUUUCUACCAGACUUCUUUCAUUUCACAGUGUCUUUCUAGUGUAAUUUUGUCUGCUUAUGUGCGCGUUCAAUAAACUUGACUUUGCUUC